CCACCCCGUAAAUGUCUGCCUCUUCCGUAGCAUCUGCAACGAUCUUGGCACUGGAAAAUGGAUUCAUCUGAGCCAAAAGAACGAUUGCUUAAGAUACAAAAUAAAUUAAAGAUUAUUUUACCCUGUCUGACUAAUCUUUUUACGAUGCUCUCGUUUCUGCAUUUUGCAAGAAAGGCAUCCUCUCUAACAAGAAUAGCCGCCCCAAACGAUAAACCUGUGCUAAUCCUGGUGGCAUCCAUAGGUAAUCCCGAAACCCAGUACCACGGGACCCGUCACUCGGUUGGUCAUCUGAUAUUGAAAAAAUUAUGCGAGUCUCAAGGUUUUUCCCAGAUGAAGCAGAUAAAUGGGUUCAAGUUCGGAUGCAACACAAACAAGCCAGACGUGCUCCUGUACGAGACUCCGGGGUUCAUGAAUCUAAGCGGGAAAAACCUCGCCAAGCCCUGGAAGGCUCUCAUGGCGCAGCCUCAGUGGAACCCGGUGCUCGUGGUGCUCCACGACGAGCUGGAUCUGGACCUGGGGAAAGUGCGCGUGCGAAAGCAAAACUCUUCGGCACGCGGGCAUAAUGGCCUAAAAUCUAUCCAGCAGCACAUUGGCAAAGGCUACAACGCCAUACAAAUCGGCAUCGGAAGAGAUUCCCAGAGAGAGAAAGAUCCGGACGCCGUGUCCAGGUACGUGCUGUCUAAAUUUAGUGCGCAGGAGGCGGAACAACUCCACCAGCAGGUAGUGCCUCAAGUGGCUGCCAUAAUUGAAGAGAUGCGGCAACACAAGCAUAUUUUUGAAACCUUGUGAUUACAUAAUCCGCACGACUCGCUGGGGUAAGUGCGGAGUAGCAUGGAGGCAUGAUGAUGAUGAUUGUGGGGUGACCUGAGAUAUAUAUAGAGAGAGUGUUGGGAAUGCAAAAUUUGUAGGCAUGUUCAAAUUAGCAGCUGGCCGUACCCUCAAGGAAAGUUCAAGGGGACUCCUCAGACAACCAUCUACAUCUCUUCUCCGCCACUACUCCCUAGCAGACAGGCAGGGUGUCCUUAGACUAGAGGAGCUGAUGCUCCAAUGUCACGCAUACCCGGACCUUAGAACCAAGGCAUACGACGCAUUCAAAGUAGUGGACAAGGCGAUCACGGUAGCAGACAAGCGUGCCAAUUCAUUCUUCUUUGACAGAUAUUCGGCCAUCACAAGUUUCAUGUUCAGCGUGCUGUUCACGAGGGAGAUACUCCGCAAGCCGAAUAAGGAGGUUGUUGACCAAUUUCUGGAUUCUAUCGCGCUACACGACAUCGACUUCCAGCUAGAGGAUGUCAAACUGGUAAUCCAAUAUCUGGGCACAAUCAAACGAUUGCUGUGAAUGAUCACAUAUGACGACAUAUACUACUUAUUUAUUUAACUGAAUUUCCAUCUA